AUGAUCCUGAGAAGAAUGGCCUCAGAAAAUGACUCUUCAGUGAAGGAGUUCAUCCUCCUGGGCUUGACACAGCAGCCAGAGCUCCAGCUGCCUCUCUUCUUCCUCUUCUUGGGAAUCUAUGUGGUCUCCAUGGCUGGAAACCUGGGUUUGAUUGUUCUGAUCAUUUUGAACCCUCACUUGCACACCCCUAUGUAUUACUUUCUCUUCAACCUUGCCUUCACAGAUCUCUGCUACUCCUCUGUCAUAACUCCCAAAAUGCUGGUGAGUUUUGUGAAGCAGAACAUCAUCUCCCAUGCUGAGUGUAUGACUCAGCUCUUUUUCUUCUGCUUCUUUGUGAUUGAUGAAUGCUACAUUUUAACAGCCAUGGCCUAUGACAGAUAUGCUGCCAUCUGUAAACCCCUGCUUUACCAGGUCACCAUGUCCCAUCAGGUCUGCCACUUGAUGAUGGUGGGUGUGUAUGUGAUGGGGUUUGUGGAAGCCAUGGCCCAUACUGGUAGCAUGCUGAGACUUGUCUUCUGUGAUGGCAACAUCAUCAAUCACUACAUGUGUGAAAUACUUCCACUCCUGAAGCUCUCGUGCACAAGCACCGUCAUCAAUGAGCUUGUGGUUUUCAUUGUUGUAGGUGUCAAUGUAAUAGCAGCCAGCCUGACUAUUUUUAUUUCUUACAUCUUGAUCCUUUCCAACAUCCUCAGCAUCCAUUCUGCAGAGGGUAGGUCAAAAGCCUUCAGUACCUGUGGCUCCCAUGUAAUAGCUGUUUCUUUUUUCUUUGGUGCUGCAGCAUUCAUGUAUCUUAAGCCUUCUAGUUCAUCUGUGGAUGAAGAUAAAGUAUCUACUAUUUUUUAUACUGUUGUGGGUCCAAUGCUGAAUCCUUUCAUCUACAGUAUAAGGAAUAAGGAUGUCCACAUUGCACUGAGAAAAACUUUGAAAAAAAGGAUGUUUGCCUAA